AUGGUGUUUCGUCUUGAAGAAUCUAUUGUCGCUGUGUGUGCGCCCCCUGCUAACUCGCAAGCAGACCUCCUCAUCUGCCAGGCUGUAUUUGAGGCCAAUCGCUAUAUUGUUUACGCUUUGGAAUCGCUGCUAGUGGUGCUGGUGGAGGUAUUUUCGGUCCCAACGGGCGUAGCGAGAUUCGAGUUAUGGCAAGUUUGGCACUCAAAAGAAGCCAU